UGUAUAAGGCUGUUUGUUACGGUCUCAUAGAAAUCGGCCAUAGGAUUAUUUAUUUUCACUGUUUCACGUGUAGGUUCAAGGGAAGUUUGUAAAUAGUAAUGCAUGGUAGAAAAGCUUUGAAAGCGUAAUAUAUUCUAUUGUUCAACAUGCAGUUAAAUAAAGGGAAAUUGAUAGGAAAUUUAGCUGUUGACAAUCACGAUAGUGAUGAUAGUGAAGACAGCGAUGAAAGUAUGCAGGCAUCUACAGAUAGCGAUGAAACAAUGAGCAGUAGUGAUGAAUCUGAAUCAGAGGAUGAAAAUCAUGAAGAAAAUUCAAAUAAUAAUGAGAUUCACGCCCGUACAAGUGAAGACAUAGAACCAAUAUUGUUAAAUGAAGAUGAGGAAGAAGAUGAAGUUGUGAAAGCCAUAAUUAGAUCAAAAGACACACAAAAAGAUCAUCCUCCUUCUAUUACAACAGAAGAACACAUAGUAGAUAUAUGCUUUCAUCCUAAUUCAAAUAUUCUUGCUGCAGCUAACAUAGUUGGCGAUGUUUGCCUAUACAAGUAUAGCAAUACAGAAACAGAACUUGUUUCAACUUUGGAAUUACAUCUUAAACCAUGUCGUGACAUUGAAUUUAAUGAAGAUGGAACAACAUUAUUUUCAACUGCUAAGGACCUAGCCAUAAUGCUCACUGAUGUUCAAACUGAGAAACUAAAAAGAGUAUAUGAAAAUGCACAUGAUGAACCUAUCUACACAAUGACUGUAAUCGGGGAACAUAUGUUUGCAACAGGAGACGAUGAUGGUGUAGUAAAAUUAUGGGAUCUUAGGCAAGCAGGAAAUGUACCUGUAUUUUCAAUAAAAAAGAUGGAAGAUUAUGUAAGCUCAAUAAUAACAAACAGAGAAGGAAAAUAUUUAGUGUGUGGAAGUGGAGAUGGUUCUCUCACUACAUUCAAUAUACUAGGGAAAAAAUUACAUGUUCAGUCGGAAGAGUAUGACGAGGAAUUGACAUGCCUUGGUUUAUUUAAAAAUGAAACGAAAAUUCUUGUGGGGACUAGCAAAGGAAAAAUGUAUAUAUAUAAUUGGGGAGAGUUUGGACUCCACUCUGAUGAGUUUCCAAGUGUAACAAAGAAGGCUAUAAAUUGUAUGGUUCCAAUUACUGAGAAUGUAGUAAUAACAGGAGGAGAAGAUGGAAUGCUCAGAGCUACUAGUUUGUUUCCUCGUAAUAAUCUUGGGAUCGUGGGUCAACAUACUUUCUGCAUUGAAGCCACUGAUAUAAAUAGCGAUGGUACUUUAAUUGCAUCUUCCUCGCACAAUAAUGAUAUCAAAUUUUGGAAUGUGCAAUAUUUCGAAACUUUAGACGUAGCUCACCGUGUGAAAGGUGGAAAACAAAAACAAUUGAAAUAUAAUCUUCCAAGUAGUAAGACUGAUAAUGCAUCAAGUUUCUUUUCAGACCUUUAGAAUAGAAACGUAAAUAAUAAUUUUAUAUAAAAUGAGUCGUUGAAUGUAUUGUAAGUUAUUAAACAUCAUUUUGCAAAGAAGUGUUAAUGGAGUACAUUAUGAUACACGAGUUUAUUUAUUUUAUGAUUCUCAUAUACUUACAUUAAAAAUUUAUUACUGUAUUAUACGAAUGUAAAAACGACAAUAAAAUUACAU